GGGACUCCGAAGUAUACCAAAAACUUUUCCAUCCUCUCCUUCCUCCCUCCUUCCUCAUGUCCCGUCCGUCUCUCUCGCUCCCCUUAAAAACCCUGGAGCUCUCAAGCCCGAGCACGGCUCCCCGCUCCACUAGGGUUUGGAAUACUAGGAUUCGUUCCCGAGGUGGAUACGAAUGAUGGGGCUCGAGAUCGAGAAAGUUUUGGAUGCAGGAGGACAGAGAGAUUUGGAGAUGGGGUCCGCGAGCCUCAGCCCCGGCCAGAACUGUGACCCCUCCACGUCGGCGCUGCCGUCGCCGGCGCUGGUGCUGUCGAAUUCGGGGAAGCGGAUCGACCAGGCGGGGAAGAAGAAGUAUGUGAAGCAGGUCACGGGGCGGCGCAACGACACGGAGCUCCAUCUGGCGGCGCAGCGCGGGGAUUUGGCGGCUGUGAGGCAGAUUCUGAGGCACAUCGAUACCGAGAUGACAGGGACUGUGGAGGGAGUCGAGUUCGUCAACGAGACCAACGAGGUCGGGGAGACGGCGCUGAUAAUCGCGGCGGAGAAGGGGCAUCUCGACGUGGUGGUGGAGCUGCUCAAGUAUUCGGAUUGGGAGAGCAUCUCGACCAAGAAUAGGUCGGGCUAUGAUGCCUUCCAUGUGGCCGUGAGAGAAGGGCACCAAGCCAUUGUGCAGGUAUUUUUGGAUCAUGACCCAACAAUCAGCAAAACAUAUGGUCCCUCAAAUGCAACUCCCCUUAUAUCUGCAGCAACAAGGGGCCAUACUGAGGUGGUCAAGCAGUUACUUGCUCAGGAUUUUGGCUUGGUUGAACUGGCUAAAACCAACGGGAAAAAUGCUUUGCAUUUUGCAGCUCGACAAGGACAUGUAGAAAUUGUAAAAUCCUUGCUAGAUAAAGACCCACAGCUAGCCCGUAGGACCGAUAAAAAAGGCCAGACUGCUUUGCACAUGGCUGUAAAAGGAACAAACUGUGAUGUUGUUAAAGCACUUGUGGAUGCUGAUCUGGCCAUUGUGAUGCUACCGGACAAGUAUGGUAACACUGCUUUACAUGUGGCAACAAGGAAAAAGCGAGCAGAGAUAGUCCAUGUGCUAUUACUCCUACCAGACACACAUGUGAAUGCAUUGACAAGAGAACAUAAGACUGCCUUUGAUAUUGCUGAAGGGCUUCCUCUCUCUGAAGAGUCUGCCGAGAUUAAAGAGUGUUUAUCUCGCUAUGGUGCUGUCAGAGCUAAUGAAUUAAAUCAGCCUCGAGAUGAGCUUCGGAAGACUGUUACAGAAAUCAAGAAAGAUGUCCACACCCAACUAGAGCAAACUAGAAAAACAAAUAAGAAUGUGCAUGGGAUAGCUAAGGAGCUCAGGAAACUACAUAGGGAGGGCAUAAAUAAUGCCACAAAUUCUGUAACAGUGGUGGCUGUGCUCUUUGCCACAGUGGCAUUUGCAGCUAUCUUCACCGUGCCAGGUGGAAAUGAAAAUGAUGGGGUAGCAGUCUCUGUUCAUGCUCCUUCCUUCAGGAUAUUUUUCAUCUUUAAUGCUAUAGCUCUGUUCACAUCAUUGGCAGUGGUGGUGGUGCAGAUAACUGUUGUAAGGGGGGAGACAAAGUCUGAGAGGAGGGUUGUGGGGGUGAUUAACAAAUUGAUGUGGUUGGCUUCAGUGUGCACCACAGUUGCUUUCAUCGCCUCCUCUUAUAUUGUAGUCGGUCGCCAUUUCCAGUGGGCUGCAAUACUUGUUACACUGAUAGGAGGUGUGACAAUGGCUGGAGUUCUUGGGACCAUGACUUAUUUCGUGGUAAAAUCAAAGCGCAUCCGAAGGAUCAGGAAGAGGCAGAAGUCAUCAAAGAGAAGCGGCUCAUACUCAUGGCAUCCCAAUUCUGAUAUUUCAGACUCUGAUAUUAAUCCAAUUUAUGCCAUUUGAAUAGUGGAGGUGGGGGUUUCUGACGUCAUUUGUAUCUGAUAAUGUAAAAGGGGUGGAGAUGUGAAUUUUAUCCGUUUAUUGGUACAACUUGUGCUCAAAGCUCUGAUUUAUGUAAUAUGUAUAUUUAACCAGUAAUAGCUUACAUUCAUUCCCAAAUGUCUGGGAGAGAAUUUUUAUUCUGAUCAUAGUUGAAAUGAUUUCCCACAAUGCAAAUACAGACAUGAUAUUACUGCUCCCUUAGAGU